AUGGCGCGGUCCCCGCGCGGCGGCGGCUGCGGAAGGCGCUGCAAGGCCUACUGGAUGUGCAGCUGUGGCGGGUGGAACUGGGAUUGGCGCACCUCGUGCCUGUGCUGCGGGCAUGCGGCCCCGCCUUGGGCGAUGGGGGCGCUCUCAGCCAAGGCGAGGCCCAAGGCGGACAAGGACGGCUGGGUGGAUCAGCCACGUGGCGCCGCCGAGCCCCCCGACGGAGUGGACGGCUGCUCCACCGACGCCGUGGUCAGGCAGCUGGAGGCGAAGCGGGCCGAGUUGGUCAAGGCCCAAAAAGCAGCAGCGGAGCAGAAGACCUCUUCCCUGCCGCGGGCGACUCGGCUUCACAGGGAGGCGAACGCCAUCAGCAAGGGCGAGAAGCGGCUCCGGGCAGCCCGCCAGGUGCUUGUGCAGAAGCAGGAGGCGCGCGACCUCGUCGAGGCCCAGCUGCAGAAGGCCCAGGAGGAGCUCGCGGAGCUCGACGCGCAGGUGGAGGAGGCGAGCCGCGCGCUCCAGGCGCUGCGUCGCCAGCGCGCGGCAGAGUGGACAGGAGCCAACCAAGCGCCAGGGCUCCUCAUGCAGCUGGAGAAGUUGCCAGAGGCGUGGAGCUCCAGCAACUUCGAGGUGGCAUGGGCAGCCAUUCGCGCACAGAUGGAGGCAGUGCGGGCGCAGCUCGAGGGAGCCCCAGCGGCCCCCAAGCGUGCGCCGUGGGCCGAGUCCUGCCCCAUGGAGGAGACCAGCAGCGACGAUGGCGAGCUCGCGGACGGCGGCGACCCCUGGCAGCCCCAGCCAGCCGCCGAGCGAGGCCAAGCCGAGCGGCACGGCGAGGCGCUGGGCGAGUGGCCGACGGUGGCCCAGGCAUGCAAGCGGGAGCUGUCGGAGAGGUGCAGGCAGGGCCAGAGAGUGCCUAGCAAGGCCAGUGCGGCGGGCCUGCGCCUGCACGAGAGCGGCGCCGAGGGCGUCGGGAGUGACCUGGUAGGCCGCCGCGGCAUGGGCGUCCUCGGCAAGCCCAGGGGCCAGGAGAGCGCUGCAAGGCCCAGCUGGGACUUCAUCCUCCUGGGCGCCGAGGAGAACGCAGCUGGGGCCAUCGAGUUCGGCACUAGCGAGUGGGGCGACCGCAGUGACCAAGCUGGCGUACAUGGUGACCCCGAGGCUACUGCAGUGCUGCAGCGGCGCCUCGCGAGCUCCCUGAAGCGAGAUGGCGGCAAGAGCUCGGCCUCCUGCAGGAGAUGGGCCAAGCAGGCCGUGCAGAAGGGCGACAGACUCGCCCGCAGGUUUGCCAAGGCUGUGCCGCCCCUGCCAGUGGUGGAUCCAGGCUCAACGCUGCCGCCCCUCAACCCGGAGAUGCUGCAGGCCGUUCGCAAGCGUCGCUCGCUGGCGGCGAGCCUGGGCGCUGACCAGCUCCACCCACGGCAGCUGCUGCUGCCCCCCUCGGCCCUGCGCUUGCGCGGCCUGGCCCUCUCGGAGGCCCGCGAGGAGCAGCCCAUGGCCCUCGAGGCCGCAGCAGGCCUGCGCCGCGCCUCGCCCGUCUACGAUGGGGAGCGGACCCAGUGGGGCGGCGACUUGCGCCUUGUGCCAGAGCGGUGCAUGGCCAUGGACACCCAGGAGAUCGCGGCGUGCACCAAGCGUGGCGCCUACAAGGUGCUGGGCGGCCGCGCGGGAGGCAAGUCUCGCCUCGAGGUGCAGUGCCCAGGGCCCAGCUACCUGACCAACAAGUCGGGCAGGAACCAGCGCAGCCUGCGGGGGCGAGGGCUACGCCCUGGCAGACCGCGUGCAGACCAGCGGAGAGUGAGAGCAGAGGGCAUCCCCGCCUUGCGCUCCCAAGGGCCAGUGCCAGGACAUGCCCAGGAGCGCUACCUGGAGUGGAUAGGCAUCGAGGCGGAGCCCGCGGGCGGGGCCACAGCCGCAGCCAGCAGUUCGGGCAGCGGCCCAGCGGCCGCGGCAGCGCAGGGGGCGCAGGCGGCGGCGGCCAGCCUGCCCCAGCAGCGGCCAGGGUUGAGCGCGGACGCCGCAGGCGUGGCAGCCGAGGAGGAGCUCGCGGCAGCGGGAGCCCCACCCAUCGGCGGCCUGGUGAGCCGCAGGGUCCGCCGCCGCCUGGCGCGCCGCGGCUCGGAGCACCUGGAGUUCUGCCUGGAGGAGUUCGGCAGUGAGGCGGGGCCUACAGGCGGAGCCUCAGCCGCGGCCAGCAGCUCGGGCGGCAGCCCAGCGGCCCCCGCGGCAGCGCCGGCAGCGGAGGCGGCGGAGGUUGCCGCCGUGAGCAGCGCGGCGGGCGGAAGGUAG